ACCCUGUCAACUUUCCACUUCAAAAUGAGGUAUAAAGCAGAGUGGAGUUGAUGGCUCAGUCAUACCCUGAUCUUAAGGUCUGAAGAGAAAGGCGCAGCAACCACACAAGACAUGGCCCAGAUUUGUGUUCCUGUCCUUGCCCUGAUCAUGCUUUGCACCCUGGGGCUCUUCAGCAGUGAGGUUGCAGCUGUCCGCAAAGGAGCCUGCUGCACAAUGUACUCCAGUAGCAUAGUACCUAUGAAACAUAUCAGAGGAUUUACUAUCCAGACCAAUCAAGGAAAAUGCAAUAUCAACGCAGUGAUUCUGCACACUCCAAAACGCAAUAUCUGUGUGGAUCCUGGACUACUGUGGGUGUCUAACGCCAUCGACAAGCUAAGGGCACAGGUCCAAGUGCUGAAAACAAAGAACAAUGGUAGUCAAUAGAUUUUCUGUUGCAUGGAUGUCCCAAAAUUUUUUUACAAUUUCACAUUGAAAUGUCAGAAAUUGUGAUUCUACACAUGUCUUUUUAUAUUACUCUGUUACACUGUAUAAACUACUGUUUUUCAAACAAUAAAUACAUUUAUUUAACUUUUA